UCUCUCUCUCUUGCCGCGUCGAAGCUAUAUGUGCUCGCCUCCGAGGUCUUCUCUCUCUAACAUCUCUCCUCCUCUCCUUGCUGCCCCGUGCCAUGCUGCUACUGCUCCCUCCACUCUUCCACCUCUAGCAACUUCUUCCGCUCCUCCCCUCUCUCCAGCUCGCUCUCUCUCUCUCCCCUCGCAUCUCAUCUCCUGUUGUAGUCCACAUCCACACGAGCGGUCGUCGCGUCCGCGCGCGGUCAGCCGCCUCCGGUCGCCCCCAGCAAGGAAGGACCGCCAAAAAGGAGCGAGUGCACAGGAGCUAGCGAGGCGCGCGGCGGCCGAGCCGGGUCGGCCGGGCGGAUGGAAUGAGCCGGCGGCAGCCCGGAUGGUCCCGGCUCGGAACCUGCAGCCGCUCGCCCGCGACGCACAUGCCACGCCCUGCGCCGCCGCCGCAGGCCUCGGCGUGACGCCGACGGCGCCCAUGGCACAGGAGCCCAUCGACAAGCACCACAGCGAGCCGACCAAGCCUCCGCCGCCGCCGCAGGAGAGGCAGGCGGACCAAGACACGCGCCGCCACGCCCACGCCUACGGGGAGCAGCAGCAGCGGACGCUGCGGCCGCUCCAACCCGCCGGCGUCCACCACCAGGAGGCCGCGGGCAGCAGCGGGAGCAGCAGCAACGGCGGGGCCGGGGACUGGCUCCGGCUCGGCCUCUCCCCGGCGUCCCCCAGCGCCGGCGGAACGCAGCCCGGCCUAGUCUUCGCAGACCGCGCGGCGGGGCCGCCGUUGCUGCUGUCGUCGCAGCCGCAGACGCGGACGGCAUCGGAGGCGCUACGGCCGGGCAUGGGCGUGGCACCGGGACCAUUCCUGCACCAGGCCGCGCCCGGCAUUCCGCAGGCGUCGAUAACCCUGCCCGUGCCGCGCGCGGGACCUCCUUGGCUGCCGCCGUGGAGCCCCUCCGCGGUGGCGCCGCCGCUGGUCCCCUUCGGGAACCGCGCGUUCUACACGCCCGGCGCCGCCUCCGGGCUCGACGCCAUCAGGGUGGUCCUGCCGCCGUCGGCCGUCGCCGGCGUCUGGUUCGCGCUCCAGGCCGCGCCGCACCAGGGGAGGGAGCCAUUCUUGCCUCAGAUUCCGAGAAGCUACCUACGGAUCAAGGACGCGAGGGUGACGGUCCGGCUGUUGAGCAAGUAUCUGGCGGGCAGGCUUGGAUUAGAGGACGAAUCAGAGGUGGAGAUCACGUGCCGAGGGCGACAGCUCCCAGCGUUCCUGACCCUGCAGCAUGUCCGGGACGGCAUCUGGUGCCAGGGCGACGCUGCUGCCGCCUCGCCGUCGGUGGUGCCGGACAUGUCAGCAGCUAACCACCACCACCUCAUGGUUUUGCAGUACGGCAGGAGGUCGUAGCAGGCAGAGACAGACAGAGUACCACCCGCUCCCCCCCACCGAUGUCCGAUCGAUGACACUCAGUUGCAAUGUAGAUUCUGGCAUCCCCUGCCCGGCCCUCCUAACCCUUUUUGUCGGCACGGCCGGCAAUAGGCGGCAUGACGGAACGACCACGAGCUCCCGACCGCCAGCACGCGCGCACACCUGGACGGCGGAUGACCGGAGGCGGCUGUUCUCUUCCACACAAGUGCUGGAGAGAACAUAACAGCUUGGAAGUUGCCUGGCAGAGAGAGAGAGAGAAAGAGGGGUCGUGUACGAGUGCUGAUCGAAGAGUGGGUGUGGCGCGACUUCCAAGCCAUUUUGGCCUUCAUUCAGCUGACCUGAUCUACUAAUCCCCAGCUGAGCUGAGCCGUUACAUUUUGUUAAUCACCAGUCCCUUCCCGCUCCCGCGACGAUAGGCCAGCUGCUCGCUUCUCUUCUUUGUUGUGGAAGCAGCACCUUGUCCCGCUGUUCUUUCAGAGGGCCAACUUGACAUCGAUUCAUGACUUGACCCUAGAGAAGCUCUUUGUUUCUUUCUUCUUUUUUUUUUCUCUUUGCUUCAUUCAGCAGUUCAGUUGUAGCGCCUUCUUCCAUUUUCAUGACAUACAAGAUGUCGGAUGUGUUCGCGACAUUUGCCAUCCGCUUAUAUCUAUUUAAUUUAUUUAUUUAUUUGGAACUUUA